CGCUCGGCCGCACGUGUGGCAUGAGAAGCAUCUGGAAGCGACUUCCUUCCUCGUUCGCCCAUGUAUCUUGCAAGUAUUUAUUAGGAUCGCGCCUAAAAAGAGCUUCAGAAAUCGAGAAGCCCUCGGUGCGCAGAGAAACGCGAUCCCAUGGCUCUAGAGGCUUGGUUGAUAGAUGAGAGCGAUGAUGAGGACCAGAGGCUUCCACACCAUCGGAACCCAAAAGAGUUUGUAUCCCUGGGCAAGCUUGAAGAUCUCGGGAUUUUGUAUUGGCAUUUGGAUCCCAAAAACUAUGAGAAUGAUGAAGAACUGAAGAAAAUUCGAGAAAGCAGAGGAUACAACUAUAUGGACCUUCUGGAGUUAUGCCCUGGGAAAGUUGAGAAUUACGAGGAAAAAUUGAAGAACUUUUACCGAGAGCACAUCCAUGCUGAUGAAGAGAUCCGUUAUUGUUUGGAAGGAAGUGGGUACUUUGAUGUGCGGGACAAAGAGGAUCACUGGAUACGAAUUUGGAUCAAGGAAGGGGACAUGAUUGUGUUGCCUGCCGGAAUCUACCAUCGCUUCACAUUGGAUACUUCAAACUAUGUAAAGCUAAUGAGGUUGUUUGUUGGGGAACCUGUUUGGACUGCUUUCAACCGCCCCCAGGAGGAGCAUCCAGCAAGGCAAGGAUAUAUCAAGAAUCUGUUUGAGAAUUCUGGUGUUGCUCUUGAGGCACAUUAGAGUGUACAUUGCCCAUUUAUGAUUAGCUAUAAUCUUAAGAGACAAGAGUCUUGGGUUGUGUCAUGGGAUAUGUAUAUUGUAUUUACCAUGAUGAUACUUUGUAAGAACAAAUCUAGAAUCCUUGUCAUUGAACUGAAAACUGCUUGAUAUGAUACCUAGCAAAAGCUAAGAGGUUUCGGAACUCAAUAUGUCAUCUUUUUUAUUUGCUGAAAAUCUGUUAAAUAUAUAAUACAUUUGAUGCAGUUAUCUAUA